AUGAACUCAGUGGAACGUUUAGUUCACUACAGUGACAAUUUAGAUGUAGAAGCCGAGGAUAUAAUACCAGACAACAGACCACCAUCUGGAUGGCCAGCUCAUGGAGAAAUUCACAUUAAAGAUUUGAAAAUUAGAUAUAGACCUGAUAGUUCUCUAGUUUUGAAAGGUAUCUCAGUUAAUAUUAGUGCUGCUGAGAAAAUUGGGAUUGUUGGAUGCGGAAAAUCAACAUUGGCAAUGUCAUUCCUUAGAUUUAUUGAAGCAACUUCUGGAAGUAUUGUAAUUGAUGAUGUUGAUAUUA